AUGAAUGGCACCGACCUCAAGAAAGCCGCCAUCAGCCAGGCUAAGAAGGUCGCGACAACCGCCGCCCUGGCAGCAAACGGAAAUGGGCAGAAGAAACGACGGAAAGGCGACAAUCUGAAGCCCAUCAUCACAAGCGAGAACGCGAAUGCGUCCAGUCUUCACGAUAGCCCCACUCCAGGAGACCCAGAAUCCCCGUCCUCUUCCACCUCCGAAGACGACCCCGCCGAGACCACUGCGGACGAGGAAGACUCGGAGGAUUAUUGCAAGGGCGGAUACCAUCCCGUCCACGUUGGCGAAACAUACAAUAAUGGCAAAUAUGUGGUAGUGCGGAAGUUGGGAUGGGGUCACUUCUCCACUGUCUGGUUGUCAAGAGACACAACCACGGGCAAACACGUCGCACUCAAGGUAGUUCGGUCGGCCGCGCACUACACAGAAACUGCCAUCGACGAGAUCAAACUAUUAAACAAGGUCGUCCAAGCGAACCCCAACCACCCUGGUCGAAAAUAUGUCGUCAGCCUUCUUGAUUCCUUCGAACACAAAGGACCCAACGGCGUUCACGUUUGUAUGGUCUUUGAGGUAUUGGGAGAAAAUCUGCUGGGCCUGAUCAAGAGAUGGAACCAUCGAGGUAUUCCGAUGCCGUUGGUCAAACAGAUCACCAAACAAGUCCUUUUGGGGCUGGACUACCUACAUCGCGAGUGCGGCAUCAUUCACACCGAUUUGAAGCCGGAAAAUGUCUUGAUUGAGAUUGGUGACGUGGAACAGAUUGUCAAAGCCUUUGUCAAAGACGAGAAAGAAUCGACAAAAGACGACAACAGAAAUGGACGGAGACGAAGACGAACGCUCAUCACUGGAAGCCAGCCUCUCCCCAGUCCACUGAACGCCAGCUUCACGAAUCUGGAUAAACUCGGGAGCCACCACCCUCACCCACCGAGUAGUCUGAACCAAGUGAUUAAUGAUUCGGUCUCAAACAAAUCGACAGACGGCCUCUCCAUGAUAGAGCAACUGAAGCUGAAGGCGAAGGAGAAGGAGAGUAAGACAAGUGAGGAGCAGUCUGUUGGUGACAAGGGGAGAGAAGGCACGACGGACCCGCUAGAAAAGGAUUUGGCGGGAGUGUCUCUCGACAACAAGAAGUCAUCGGAUGUCGACAAGGUCUUGAAGGCGGCCAAGAACGAGAAUGAGCCUCUGGGCGAGAUUAUCUCGGUCAAGAUUGCAGAUCUGGGAAAUGCCUGCUGGGUCGGUCACCAUUUCACAAACGACAUUCAGACUCGUCAAUAUCGGUCGCCGGAGGUGAUCCUAGGUGCCAAAUGGGGCGCCAGCACCGAUGUGUGGAGCAUGGCAUGCAUGGUGUUUGAACUCAUCACAGGCGAUUACCUCUUCGACCCGCAAUCUGGCACGAAAUAUGGCAAAGACGACGAUCACAUUGCGCAGAUUAUCGAACUGCUCGGCCCGUUUCCAAAGUCGUUGUGCCUGUCGGGUAAAUGGUCACAAGAGAUUUUCAACCGUAAAGGCGAGCUGCGCAACAUCCAUCGACUACGGCAUUGGGCCCUGCCUGAUGUGCUCCGAGAGAAAUAUCAUUUCUCUGUUGAGGAGGCCAAGCGAAUCAGCGAUUUUUUGACACCCAUGCUCGAAUUACCUCCCGAAGCCCGUGCGAACGCGGGUGGAAUGUCCAACUCGGAAUUUUUGAAAGGUGUCAAGGGCAUGGAAAAUAUCAAUGUCGAUGUGCCUGUUGGGUCGAAAGGCGAAGGAAUCGAAGGAUGGGCGUGUGAGGUUAAAAAGCGGUGA